GAAAAAAGAAUUAAUAACCAAAUUCUUAAAUUAUCCUCAUUUGAAAAAGGAAAAUUAGGUAAAAAAGAGCAUAAUUUAAAUAAGAAUGUUAAACAAUCUACAAAAUUGAAAGAACAAAAUAUUGGUCAUUCUACUUAA